AUGGCGCUGUACGAGGUGACCUUUGCAGACCUCCAGACAGGCGGUGGCAAGAUAAAGCCGGGCUACAAGAAGAUCAUCUUCUGCGGAAAACAAGCGCAGCACGACAAUCUCCAGUACUUCUGGAUUGACACGUGCUGCAUCGACACGACAGACAAGGCUGAGCAUUCGUGUGCGAUACAGUCCAUGUUUCACUGGUACCGCUCUGCCAUCAAGUGCUACGUCUUCCUCUCAGAUGUGUCUAUCAACGCCGAUUGCAUGUCUGUAGGGUCCAGCUCGGAGCUUGCAUUCAGGUCGAGUCGGUGGUUCACACGUGGCUGGACGCUUCAAGAGCUUCUCGCCCCUACUGUUGUUGAGUUUUAUUCUCAAGAAGGAAAGAUACUUGGCAACAAGACUUCGCUUAAGCUCCCGAUUCACAAGACAACAGGCAUACCGCUUAAAGUUCUUAGCGGAACUUCGCUUUCCUGCUUUAGUAUCAAGCAGCGUCUGCAGUGGAAAGGCGACAGGCAGACCAAACGCGAUGAAGAUGCGUGGUAUUCGUUAGCAGGCGUCUUAGAUGUUGAGAUUGCGCCGGCUUACGGUGAAGGAGGACCGAGCGCGUUCAAGCGUCUAAUGGACGAGGUUCACAAGCUGGAACGAUGCAUUCAAGACAUACGCCAAACAGACCCGCGCGACGACAAGAAGCGCAUCGAGGAGACAAAAGGCGGACUGCUAACAGACUCCUACCGUUGGAUCCUCGACAACACCGCGUUUAGGCAGUGGCAUGAGGACAAGCACAGCCGACUGCUCUGGGUCAAAGGCGAUCCUGGCAAGGGAAAAACGAUGCUGCUGUGUGGCGUCAUCAACGAACUGCGAAGUUCUUUACCUCAGAAUACUCUUCUGUCGUACUUUUUCUGCCAAGCGACUGACUCGCGCAUUAAUAGUGCCACAGCUGUGCUGCGGGGCUUGUUGUAUAUGCUUAUGCACCAGCAGCCGUCUCUUGUGUCGCACGUCCGCAAGAAGCACGACUAUGCAGGCAAAAGCUUAUUCGAGGACGCGAAUGCCUGGGUCGCCCUGACAGAGAUCUUCGCUGACGUCCUGCAAGAUGCAAGUCUAGGCACAACCUUUAUCGCAGAGCAGUCAUCUACGUCCUCUCGCGUCAAGUGGAUCGUGUCUAGUCGAAACUGGCCAACUAUUGAGGAACAACUAGAGCGUAUAGAGUGCAAAACGCCGCUGAGCCUUGAGCUGAACGCCGAGUUAGUCUCAGCAGCGGUUAAGGCUUUUAUCCAGCAGAAGGUAUCUCGGCUAGCCCAAGAGAAGCGCUAUACGCCAGAGAUGCAAGACGCGGUGCUCCAGCACUUAACCUCGAAUGCGAACGACACCUUCCUCUGGGUUGCGUUGGUGUGCCAAGACCUUAAAGCGACGCCGAAAUGGGACGUGCGCGAGAUGCUAGCCCAGUUCCCGCCUGGUUUAGACUCACUUUAUAGGCAGAUGCUAGACCAGAUACGCAAGUCUAGUAGCGCUCGAAGAUGUCUGCGGGUGCUGGCAGUAACUGCUGUCUUGUAUCGACCCGUCACAGUCGCUGAGCUAGUUGUGCUUACUAAACAGCUUGCAGACUUUGUCGAUGACCUAGAGUCUGCGCGAGAGAUUAUCGGUCUCUGCGGAUCAUUCCUUACGCUGCGCGACGACAUAAUCUACUUUGUGCAUCAGUCAGCUAAGGACUUCCUUGUUACGAAAGCGUUAAAUGAGGUCUUUUUAGAUGGUAUAGAAUAUGUGCAUCAAGACAUCUUUGCGAAGUCACUUACUAUUCUGCGCAAAACACUGCGCAGAGAUAUGUGUGACCUUCAAACGCCUGGAUACCCUAUUAGAGACGUUAAGCAGCCUCUUCCUAGAUCUCUAGCCGUGUCGCGCUACCCAUGUGUGUACUGGAUCGACCAUUUCUGUGACUCCAAACACAAAACACUAGCACAUAGUGCUACUACUCAAGAAGAAACUAAGGCUAUAGACGCAUUUCUUAGGCAGAGAUAUCUCUACUGGCUAGAAGCGCUCAGCUUGUGCAGAAGCAUGGCCAAAGGGGUGGUCUCGAUGACAAAACUGUGGCAUUUAGUCCAGGGACUCAGAGACAUAGAUGCAUUAAACAAGAUUGUGUACGACGCACGACGAUUGAUCAUGUAUCAUAAGGAGGCAAUUGAGAACUAUCCUUUACAAGCGUACGUAUCUGCUCUGCUGUUUAGUCCAGCAGACAGUAUAAUAAGAAGGCUGUUCCAGUACGAAGAACCAAGGGGAGUAGCUCUCAAGCCAGCUAUGAGCGACGGCUGGAGUGCGUGUCUGCAGACGCUCGAGGGCCAUAGCAGUAAUGUUAACUCGGUGGCCUUCUCGCACGACUCGACCCAGCUAGCGUCAGGUUCAGGCGAUACGACUGUCAAGAUCUGGGAU